GCUACUGUAUAACUCACCCCGCGCGGUAUGUUUUAACAGGAAACAGUCUCUUAUGUAGGAUCAUCGUGUUUAUUUAUUGCGAAUGGCCACCAGUGGGAUGAAUGAAAAUAUAAUGACCAUCUUGUUUAAACAAAACCCCCGAAAUCUCUAAUCGCCAGGGAUAUAAAAGUCAUAAUCUACGCCUCUUUGGAUAGACACACACCUAAUUCUGGUCGGAGAGAGAUCAAACCCACGUGACUUUGUUGAAAAUUUCUUUCAGAGAGACUUAAAGCUGCUACCUUGUACAGAGUUGUUCUCAGAAAAUACAGGCAGCAUGAGGAAAAAUCAUUUACCUACAGAGUGUUUCUGCAAUGUUAACAAAGGCAUGUUUUGUGACGAGUGAUUUUAUCCAGCUAGUAUCGAAAAUGGCGCGGCUUUUAUUUACCUUCAUUUAUCUGACCUACCUUUGUCACACAGCUGCCAUGAAGUACAAACGAGUGUGCUAUUACACCAACUGGGCUCAAUACAGAAAUGGAAUCGCUAAAUUUGAACCCAGCCACAUCGACCCUUCUCUGUGUACACACAUCAUAUACGCAUUUGGGAAGCUGGAAGACAAUGGUAUUACCAACUUUGAAUGGAACGACGAAACAAGGUAUGUUGAAGUGAACGCCUUCAAAAGAAAUAACACAGGACUGAAAACUCUGCUUGCAAUGGGAGGAUGGACGGCCGGAAGUAAGCCGUACUCAGACAUGGCUGCCUCUCCCGAAAACAGACGAACUUUUAUCAAUGCCUCCAUAUCUUGGCUCAGGAAGUACGACUUUGACGGCCUCGAUAUGGAUUGGGAAUAUCCCGCCAACCGUGGUGGGGUUCCAGAGGAUUUCAAUAACUUUCCUAUUUUGUUAAAGGAACUUCUGGAAGCAUUUACAGAAGAAGCCAAAACCAGCGGAAAAAGUCGACUUCUGUUAACUGCAGCGGUCGGUGUAGGAAAAUCCGUGGCUGACACAGCAUACAACAUUCCGGAAAUGUCCAAGUAUCUUGAUUUUAUAUCUCUGAUGGCGUAUGACUUACGUGGCGGUUGGGAAAAAACUACGGGAUUCAACGCCGCCCUGUACAGGUCGUCUGCUGAUUCCAGUGACGAGUACAAUGUGGCUUUUGCUGUCGAUUAUUGGUUAAGGAAAGGGACCCCAAAAGAAAAACUAAUUCUGGGAUUGGCUACGUAUGGAAGAUCAUUCAAACUUCAAGAUGAGAAUAACUUUGGAGUAGGGGCACCGGCCACAGGGGCCGGACCCCAGGGGAAAUACGUCGCAGAGGACGGGUUUCUCCCUUAUUAUGACAUAUGCGCGAGACAAGUUCAAAGAGUCGGCGAAACAUACAGAGACGAGAAGGCACAGACGCCCUUUUUUGUUCAGGAGAACAUUUGGGUUGGGUUUGACGAUCAACUCAGCAUCUAUACAAAAGUUAACGACCUUGUAAUAAGGAAACAGUUAGGUGGCGCCAUGAUUUGGGCCCUGGACUUUGAUGAUUUUAACAACAUCUGUGGGUACGGGAAAUACCCGAUCAGUAGAGUGAUGACCGAUACACUGCUGGCGUCAGAGUCGGGCAUUUCUCUCACCCCACCGUCCACACAUAUCCCUCUCUCCACCGUGGGGACAACAACUAGGUCUCCUUACCCACCACCCACAGGUGAUGGCGGGAAAACUCCGGACAGCGGGGGCGGAGGGAGUGGUCACGACGGAAUAACGUCCCUAGAUGUGGAUUGUGGCCACGAAGACGACGGCCGCUACAGAUAUCUGUCAGACUGUUCAAAGUACAUACAGUGUGUAAACGGGAAGACAUUCGUACGGAACUGUCCCACUGAUCUGGAGUUCAAUAUCGUUAUGUCGCAGUGUGACUGGGCUUCUAAUGUGAACUGUUCAUCUAUUGUGGUAACGAUACCUAAAACAACCACCUCUGUCUAUUCCAAGGCAGACAACUCUUCACUGAACAUUACACCAAUAAAUACUGGGUGUCAACUUUCGCCAUAUUCUCAUCAUCUUACAUUGUACACAUACAUGUAUUUAUUGAUAUUCUUCCUAGCAAUUUCAAUGUCCUAAAUACUAGUAUAGUAUUUUUAAAAAUAUUAUUAUGUUUAACACUGCGGAAUUCAUUAAAACAUAAUUUAAUUGUUGUUUUUACAUUUACAUUAUACCAUAGAGUGCAAUAUUUUGCAUAUUUUUAGUCUUGCCACUAAUUGAUAUUGGUAUUGUUUUGCUCUAUUUUAGAUUCGUUGUAUAUCUUAAAGUCUUUGUAUAAAAAAAAGAUCGUCCUUUUUAUCAAAUAUAUUAAAAACCAUGUUGUUGUCCUCAA